GCGAGGGAGGUGGUGCAAGGGUUGAAUCGGAGUCGACUGUGAUGAUGGUGGUGGGUUGUGGAGUGAGCUGGAGAAUGGAGAUGAACAAGUAGUAGUAGUUGGUGAAGAGAGGAGGUUGUGUUUACAGUACUGUAAAGUGCAAGCGGAGAUACGGGUCUCGGCCAAUCCGUAAGUCCGGCCUCCGCACGGCCGGGGAUUACAUAAUUCAAUAUCCCCCCUCGCGUUCAUUUGUUGAUUUGUUGCAGGGCCUCUCCUCCUCACACCCCUUAAUAUUAUUACUGUAAUCUCAUCACUCCUGGUAGUAAAUCAUCAUGUCACUCCGACUCCGGCGCCUUCUCCCCGCCAUUGUCAUUAUUGCUGUUAUCUACACCUUCCACCACACCUUCAGCUUCUCCUCCUCACCUCCUGCUCUCCCUCUCCAUCCCACCCCCUCCGACUGCGCCCUCCCCCCCAUCUACGAUGACGUGCUGGUCAUCCUCAAAACCGGCAUCACCGAAGCCCGCACCAAAGUGCCCCCGCACCUGACCACCACCCUGCGCUGCAUCCCCAACUACGUGAUCUACUCCGACUACGCCGAGCCCCUCUCCUCGACCGUUUCCACGCAAGACAUCCUCGGCUCCUACAUCUCCAGCGCCACGAAAUCCACCAACCCCGAUUUCGGUCUGUACAACCGCGUGCGCAUCGCCGGCCACGCCGGCCUCACACCCGCCGACCUGGUCGCGGACGUCAACACGCCGAUCGGCAAACCCAACAACCCGGGGUGGAAGCUGGACAAAUGGAAAUUCCUGCCGAUGGUCGACGCCGCGCUGGCCGCGCGUCCGUCGGCCCGGUGGUUCGUCUUCAUGGAGGCCGACACCUACCUGCUCUGGCACAACCUGGCUGCCUGGCUGGCGCGCUUCGACCCGCACAAGCCGUGGUACUUGGGCAACCAGAUGCAGAUCGUGGACGCGCUGUUCGCGCACGGCGGGUCCGGGUUCGUGCUCUCGCGGCCGGCCAUGGAGCUCGCCCGCGACCUGCGAGCGCAGAGCGGCGACGGCUGGGAGACGGCUGUCGAUGCCCACUGGGCCGGCGACUGUCUGUUGGGGAUCUUGCUGGAGAGCUGCGGCGUGGCGCUGACGUGGAGCUGGCCCAUAUUGCAGAUCGCGCCGCCGGGCGAGGUGGAUUUCUUCGGUGUGCGUGCGGAUACCCCCGAUCGGGUGUGGUGUUAUCCCGCGGUGUCGUUUCAUCAUCUGGAUGGGGAGGCGGAUCUGCGUGGCUUGGUGGAGAUGGAGAAGGGGUGGGACCGCGAUGGGUAUACCGGUCGGGUCAUGGUUUAUCGGGAUGUGUUUUGGCGGGUGGUCUGGGGCCAGAUUCAGUCCCCGAAGGAUGGGUGGGAUAAUUUGGUGGGCGACGAGGUUGGGCCGACCGCCACGGUUGACGAGUGUAGGGAGAUGUGUGCCCAUGAGGCCCUGUGUCUGGGAUAUCGGUUUGCGGUCGGGGAGGGGAGGUGUUGGUUGGGGAGGGGGAUGCAAUUGGGGAAGAAGGCGGACGGGUUUACGUCUGGUUGGAUGACGCAUCGGAUUCAGGCGGUUGCGGACAGUUUGGGCCGGUGUGAGGCCAUCAGUUGGAUUGGGUGAGAUUGGCCUUUGCAUUCUUUUCAUU